AACUAUAUGACCGGUGACAUAUCUCUGAGAAGACAGCCAAGCAGAAAGUGUAAGAACAAUUUCAUUCAAGAAUAUAAUGUCCCAAAUUCCAACAUGCAGACUCGUGAAUUUUCUAAAGCUUUCCAUGCACAUACCUUUCAUAUCCCUAACCACAGAUCUCUGCCAUCAAAACAUGCAGUUCCAAAAAUGACUUCUAAUACACUUAAUGCAGAGAUGAUCAAAAAGAAUAUAGUUAAUUUAAACAAGUGCACCGCAGAGCAAGCAUUGCUGCACCGACUAUCGGCAAUUGCCAGUAGACUAACUGCACCAUGCAAGAGUCUGCCCAGGUCAAUGCCUUCAUCCAACACUACAAAACUUGUUCCCUUUAAAGGUGUUCAGCUUCAGGCCAGAAAACUGCUGAAUGUUUUCUCCUGUGUAAAUAUGAAAAUAAGCUCCCAGUGGGCAGGAAAUGUUGGCUUUUCAUCAAGCCGUGAUCAUCUUCUUUCUCAGUGUAUGGAUCUUUGUCCAGCACCUGUUAAUCAAGCUUGCCCUGAUAUUCUUGCUAGCAAGUUUUCUUUGCCUACCUUAGAAAACACCACAUUCCCUGUAUCCUUUCAAAUGAAAAUAGAUCCAGGCCUUUUAUCAGACUUUGUUAAAUUCAAUCCCCCUGAUUAUAUGUUUAAAAGCGCACAAUCUAUAACUGAAUCCGCACAACUUUCGGAGUGGACUUUAUCUUUUUUCCUCUCUCCACACUUCCCUGCUACCAGUGACGGCAUUCAGCUCUUCACUCAUUGGAACCCACACUUUAAGUGUUUAGGCACUUCUAAAUCUGACUCCAGCUGCAGAGGUAAAUCUGAAAGAAAGUCUGGAUGCUCAAGGCUUGGACUUCAUACAGUACUUGCACUUUCAUCGCCUGGCUGUUACAGAUUGUGGACCAGGAAAAGAAAUCUGGGGAGCAGAAUCCCUACCGUCCAAAAACUUUCCGUGACUCAGUUUGCACAUGGACUCAAGGGAUUACCAGCACAGGUUUCCUGGAAAAGAGAAAUCACCUCCUCUCUGGCUUUUUCACUUGGCCGUGUGAUGUCUAUGUGGAGUCGCCAUGGAUUAUCUGCUUUUUUCUCUGAUUUUGCCACACCACACAAUCCGUGCAGUUCAUGGCAGCCAAGCCAGAACCUUAGCUUCAGGUAA